AUGCUUGCUCUGCCCUGGGUGCCCGGGGCACCCCAAGGAGAGCAGCAGCCAGGGGGGCAGCCGGGGGUGACCGGAGCACCCCAGGGAGUGCAGCAGGCAGGGGGGCAUCCGAGGGUGCCUGGGGCACCCCAGGGAGUGCAGCAGGCAGGAGGGCAGCCGAGGGUGCCUGGGGCACCCCAGGGAGUGCAGCAAGCAGGGGGGCAGCCGGGGGUGCCCGGGUCACCCCAGGGAGUGCAGCAGGCAGGAGGGCAGCCGGGGGUGCCCGGGUCACCCCAUGGAGUGCAGCAGGCAGGAUGGCAGCCGGGGGUCCCCGGAGAACCCCAGCGAGUGCAGCAGGCAGGAGGGCAGCCGAGGGUGCCCGGGUCACCCCAUGGAGUGCAGCAGGCAGGAGGGCAGCCGGGGGUCCCCGGAGAACCCCAGAGAGUGCAGCAGGCAGGAGGGCAGCCGAGGGUGCCCGGGUCACCCCAGGGAGUGCAGCAGGCAGGAGGGCAGCCGAGGGUGCCCGGGGCACCCCAGGGAGUGCAGCAAGCAGGGGGGCAGCCGAGGGUGCCCGGGUCACCCCAGGGAGUGCAGAAGGCAGGAGGGCAGCCGAGGGUGCCCGGGGCACCCCAGGGAGUGCAGCAAGCAGGGGGGCAGCCGAGGGUGCCCGGGUCACCCCAGGGAGUGCAGCAGGCAGGAGGGCAGCAGGGGGUGCCCGGGUCACCCCAUGGAGCGCAGCAGGCGGGAGGGCUGCCGGGGGUCCCCGGAGCACCCCAGCGAGUGCAGCAGGCAGGAGGGCAGCCGAGGGUGCCCGGGUCACCCCAGGGAGAGCAGCAGGCAGGGGGGCAGCCGAGGGUGCCCGGGGCACCCCAGGGAGUGCAGCAGGCAGGAGGGCAGCCGAGGGUGCCCGGGUCACCCCAGGGAGAGCAGCAGGCAGGGGGGCAGCCGAGGGUGCCCGGGGCACCCCAGGGAGUGCAGCAAGCAGGGGGGCAGCCGAGGGUGCCCGGGUCACCCCAGGGAGUGCAGCAGGCAGGGGGGCAGCCGAGGGUGCCCGGGGCACCCCAGGGAGUGCAGCAGGCAGGAGGGCAGCCGAGGGUGUCUGGGGCACCCCAGGGAGUGCAGCAAGCAGGAGGGCAGCCGAGGGUGUCUGGGGCACCCCAGGGAGUGCAGCAGGCAGGAGGGCAGCCGAGGGUGCCCGGGGCACCCCAGGGAGUGCAGCAGGCAGGAGGGCAGCCGAGGGUGCCCGGGUCACCCCAGGGAGUGCAGCAGGCAGGGGGGCAGCCGAGGGUGCCCGGGGCACCCCAGGGAGUGCAGCAGGCAGGGGGGCAGCCGAGGGUGCCCGGGGCACCCCAGGGAGUGCAGCAGGAAGGAGGGCAGCCAAGGGUGUCUGGGGCACCCCAGGGAGAGCAGCAGCUAGGAGGGCAGCCGAGGGUGCCCGGAGCACCCCAGGGAGAGCAGCAGGAAGGAGGGCAGCCGGGGGUGCCCGGGGCACCCCAGGGAGUGCAGCAGGCAGGAGGGCAGCCGAGGGUGCCUGGGGCACCCCAGGGAGAGCAGCAGGCAGGAGGGCAGCCGAGGGUGCCCGGAGCACCCCAGGGAGAGCAGCAGGCAGGAGGGCAGCCGGGGGUGCCCGGGGCACCCCAGGGAGAGCAGCAGCUAGGGGGGCAGCUGUGGGUGACCCGAGCACCCCAGGGCGAGCAGCAGGCAGGGGAGCAGCCGGAGGUGCCCGGGGCACCCCAGGGAGUGCAGCAGGCAGGAGGGCAACCGAGGGUGCCCGGGGAACCCCAGGGAGCGCAGGAGGCAGGAGGGCAGCCGAGGGUGCCUCGGGCACCCCAGGGAGUGCAGCAGGCAGGAGGGCAGCCAAGGGUGCCCGGGGAGCCCCAGGGAGCGCAGGAGGCAGGAGGGCAGCCGAGGGUGCCUCGGGCACCCCAGGGAGUGCAGCAGGCAGGAGGGCAGCCGAGGGUGCCCGGGGCACUCCAUGGAGAGCAGCAGGCAGGGGGGCAGCCGGGGGUGACCGGGGCACCCCAGGGAGCACAGCAGCCAGGGGGGCAGCCGAGGGGGCCCUGGGCACCCCAAGGGACGCAGCAAGCGGGGGGGCGAUCGAUGGACGACCAGGAGCAGCAGUUGGAGGAGUGGUGUCGACUUUUGGAGUUUGAUACCCCCAUGGCGACUGCGGAGGAGUCAGAGGCGGACGGUGAAUCUCCCAGGCCGCCUUCCCCAUGCCCCCGUUUUCCGUGUGACACGUGUUUCCAUACUUUCGCUACGCGAGGGGGCGCUGCGAACCACAUGAGGGUAUGCCGGGCGGCUGAGGCGGAGAGGCGUGCACAGGCUCUCGGCUCGAUUCCGUCUCUGGUGGAGACCGACACGCAGGAGCGACCGACGCCGCGGGAGUUUGGGGACGAGGCGUGGGCUGGGGUGACGUCAUGGGAAUGGGAAACAUUUUUUAGUGUGGAGGCGGUUGGAGGGAGGACAGUGCGCCGGAUUCCACAGCGGGCUAGGUCGGGGGUUUUAGACGCGCUCUGUUGCAUCCUAAAGCGCUUGAAGAGCCAACCGAGGGAUGAAGCCGCUACCCUCCUACUCUUGGCGUUUCCGCGCCUCAUCCUGGCCGUGCCUCCCAAGCCAGGCAUAGGUCAGAAGGCGCAGAUCACAAAGCGGCUGGGUGCGUUCUGGGAGGGGAGGUGGCGGGAGCUGUUCGACUCUGCCAUGGUGGCAGCGCGGCCAGCAGUUCGCCCACUUUCCUACACUUGUUCUGACGAGGACCCGGACGCCAUCCGCCUAUCACGGUGCCGAUCUCGGUGCAAAGUGGGGGAGUGGAGCCGUUGUUUGGCCUGCCUUACAGCAGGGGAGUUGGCUCGACCGUCUGAGGCCAUGGUGCAGUCGCUGCGAGAGAAGCACCCGGCUAGCACUGGCGAGGGAUGA